AUGAAGAUCCUUUUCGAAAGCUCUCUUCUCUUGACCUUCCUUUUGCUCGGUCGAGGGAUGGCAACAUGUUAUUUCCCCAAUGGAGACGUGUCUUCCGCAGAUGUUGCUUGCGAUGCCGAAGCCUCUGACUCGUUCUGCUGUUACAGCAAACAGGCAUGUCUAUCCAACAAACUCUGCUUGACCGGCGUAGCAGAUGGCAUCAAUCAAUACGCUCGAGGAACAUGUACAGACCAAACGUGGCAGUCAGAACAAGGACUGGGCAACCCCGUUUUCAGCUGCAACACGACCGGCUUCGACUCAUAUUGUUGUAAUGAUGGAUGUUCUUGCGACUCUAGCGUUGGCGACGAGAUCUUGAGCUUUGCAGGCACACCAUACACCAUCUCGGUAAUUGGAGUUACGUCGACGUAUCCGAACCCUAGCGCUACGACCUCUUCUGCCUCAGUGAUCACAUCAACAUCCUUCUCCGCCUCUGCAAUCAGUAGUGGGCCAAGUGGUUCCUCAUCGGCCGACACAGCCGCACCUGCAGCAACCUCAUCAGCCUCCACUGAGCCGUCUUCAAGCGGCGGCGGCUCAAACGGAACAGCGAUUGGCGCCGGCGUUGGUGUGGGAGUUGGAGUGGCUAUCCUUCUGUUAGGAGGAGGUGCAAUUUUAUAUUAUCGACAACGAUCAAAAUCAAGAAAAAAAGCCGCUCAUCAAGGAUUCGAUCUGAACAAACGAAGCUUAGGAGGAGUGCAGCCGAGAAGAUAUACCGACAACUCACCAAAUCAUCUAAGUCCCAUGGCAAACCAAUAUGUGGCACCUCAUUCGACGACCAGUGAACUCAGCGGGGCUGGUCAUGAAUAUGGCGAGCUUGGGGUUGGAGGAAACCUUGCUCAUACAAAUCGUGGAUCAAACAUUCCAGAACUUCCGGGACGCUAA